AUGGAAAAUAAUCAAAUUACGUUCAUGAGCCAAGACGAUUAAGACUAUUUUUUUAGUGAUGAAGACGAUGAAAUAUCACAAAUAAUCGAGCAAGAUUCUACAGGCAGAUUUUGUAAGGUAUGUGAUGAUAUGUAUUUUUAGUACAACGAGGAAAUUGGUAAGGGAGCAUACAAGAGUGUAUUCAGAGGAUACGAUAAUCAGAGUGGUUGUGAAGUAGCUUGGAAUGUAUUUUAAUUGAAUAGUGUUCCAGAAAGUAACAAUCUCCCAUUAUUUUAUCAUUAGAUGAAAGAAGAAGAGUGAGAUAAGAAAUUUCAAUUCUAAGUAGCCUUAAACAUAAUAAUAUCAUUAACUUCGUACAUUCAUGGCAUAAUAAAUCGAAAAAGGAAAUUGUUUUCAUAACUGAGAUCAUAAAUGGAGGCUCGUUGAAAAAGUAUCAAAUUAUCUAUGUCGAGUUAUUUACGGAGAAUCACUAGACCAAAGUUGAAGGUGAUUAAAAAUUGGUGUAGACAGAUACUCCUUGGUUUGGAAUAUUUACACAAACAAAAUAUCAUCCAUAGAGAUUUGAAAUGUGAAAACCUUCUGAUUGACACAAAUAAUAAUGAAUUAAAGAUUGGGGAUUUGGGUCUCUCCAUUUAGUAAGAAAUAUAAGGUAAAUUUAGAUUACAACAAUCCUUUACAACUUCCGUUUUGGGCACUCCAGAAUUUAUGGCACCUGAAAUUUACUAGGAGCAUUAUGACACUAAAGUGGAUAUCUAUGCUUUUGGAAUGUGUCUAUUAGAGAUGGUUACCGGAGCGAAACCAUUUUGUGAGUGCAAAGGCGGAACUGGCUAAGUGAUCAAGAAAGUUAUUGAAUAGCAGAAGCCUCAGUCAAUUGAUGCUAUUCUGAAUGAUAAAAUCAAAGCAAUUAUCUUAGAGUAAAUUGAUUUUUUUUGCAAACCAGAUGCCUAAAACCUCCAGAAGAACGACCUUCUGCCACUCAAUUGUUAUCCACUCACUUCAAUCUUCAAGUAACCGAAAAUGACAACUCCCCUGUUCCAAUCAAUGACCAAUUCCUCAUGCAAUUGAGGGAUGACAGUAAAAGUAAUUGCACCUUAAUCCCAGAUUCAUCCAUUCUUAAAUGCAAUCUAUCUAACAAAAUCAUGUUGACUACUGGCAGUAGCAAAUUUGACACUAAUUCCGAAGUCAGCAUUCAAAAAUAAUCAUAACUAUUAGGAUUGAGAAAGAAAAAUCUAAUGAUUCAAACAGAAGAUGAAACCGAGCAAAUCUUUAAUAAAUGUUACAAAGAUUACAUUGUAAGUUACACGCAUCAAUAUAUUUCUAGAGUUGUAGAAACGAUGAAUCUUUGCAAGAUCUUGAAUAGAGAUAAGAGAAGGAAUUGUAGUUGUUGAAAUAAUUGCAUUUGCAACAAAAACAAGAGUAUUUGAAGAAGACUUCAAAUAACGUAAACAUCAAGACUUCAACUUAACCAUUUUAAAGUUCUGGGUUUUUGUCACCUGGAUCCUAUUAAAAUUUCUUUGAUUUUCAAUAAGAUUCCGUUUGUCCUAAAACAAUUAUUGAAAGCCCUUGUCUAGAAAAAAAUAGCAAUAACAGACUGGUGAAAUUAGGAAUGGUAAAUCUGUAUUCCCUAUCAUUAUAGAUAGCAGAUAAUAGUUCUGGAGUGUAACAACAAUUAAGCUAGUCUUAACAAGUUGGUAUUUAGAAUCAAAUUAUUGUAGAUAAAUCAUUAGAAGUCAAUAUUUGACAAUCUAAUAAAACAACCAAAAAUAUAAAAAAAUAAAUUAAUUCAAAUAUCUUUCUUGUCUAAAAUCACGAACUCUAAUUUUUUAUUCUACAUCUCGUAUACUAAUAGUAAAAUUAACAUAUAUUAAAUCAAAGAACAAAAUAUUGGAUUGACCUGACCCUAAAAG